UAACAAUACCUAUAGUUUAGAAGAAUCCAAUAUAAUACUCUCUAUGCCAGCAAUAUUUUGGUGAAUUAACUGCAGGUUGUUCAAUCAAGAAACAGUGGGUACUCGUGUGAUGAUGGUUAUAAAUUAAUAACUUGUAGACGCAUAAUGACGACACACGAGCGGACGUAUAUGAAGAUGAAAGCUUACACAUGCGAUGUAUGCGACAUGUCUUUUAGUCAAAGUGGGUAUUUGACUACUCAUCGACGUACCCACACGGGUGAGAAACCAUUUGCGUGCGAUGUAUGCGAAAAGACGUUUACUGAAAGUAGCAUAUUGACGUGUCACCAUCGGACUCACACGGACGAGAAACCAUACGCAUGCGAUGUAUGCGAUAUGUCAUUCAGUCAAAGUUGUAAUUUGACAAGACAUCGUCGGACCCACACUGGGGAGAAGCCUUUUGCGUGUGAUAUAUGUGACAAAUCGUUUGCUACAAGUGGCACAUUAACGUAUCAUCAUCGGACUCACACAGGCGAGAAACCUUACGCAUGCGAUGUAUGCGAAAAGACGUUUGCUGAAAGUAGCACAUUGACAUGUCACCGUCGGACUCACACGGGCGAGAAACCAUACGCAUGCGAUGUAUGCGAUAUGUCGUUCAGUCAAAGUUGUAAUUUGACAAGACAUCGUCGGACCCACACUGGCGAGAAACUAUACGCAUGUGAUGUAUGUGGCAUGUCGUUCAAUCAAAGUGGUCAUUUGACAAGACAUCGACGGAUCCAUACUGGUGAGAAGCCUUUUGCGUGUGAUAUAUGUAACAAAUCGUUUGCUACAAGUGACACAUUAACGUAUCAUCGUCGGACCCACACUGGGGAGAAGCCUUUUGCGUGUGAUAUAUGUGACAAAUCGUUUGCUGCGAGUGACACAUUAACGUAUCAUCGUCGGACCCACACUGGGGAGAAGCCUUUUGCGUGUGAUAUAUGUGACAAAUCGUUUGCUACAAGUGGCACAUUAACGUAUCAUCAUCGGACUCACACAGGCGAGAAACCUUACGCAUGCGAUGUAUGCGAAAAGACGUUUGCUGGAAGUAACACAUUGACAAUACAUCAACGAACCCACACUGGCGAGAAACCAUUUGCGUGCGAUGUAUGCGAAAAGACGUUUGCUGGAAGUAACACAUUGACAAUACAUCAACGAACCCACACUGGCGAGAAACCAUUUGCGUGCGAUGUAUGCGAAAAGACGUUUACUGAAAGUAGCACAUUGACAAGACAUCGUCGGACCCACACUGGUGAGAAACCAUUUGCGUGCGAUGUAUGUGACAAAUCAUUUGCUACAAGUUACACUUUAUCGAAUCACCAUAGGACUCACACGGGCGAGAAACCAUACGCAUGCGAUGUAUGUAACAUGUCGUUCAGUCAAAGUGGUCAUUUGACAAGACAUCGACGGACCCACACUGGUGAGAAACCAUUUACGUACGAUCUAUGCCAUAAGUAAUUUCUGAAUGUGGCAAUUUGACGAUACACAAGCGGAAACACACUUUAGUUCUAUGAUGGGCCGGAUUUAAAGAGGAUAAAUCAGGUCAUCAUAUUAUUUUAGCACUGAAUGUGUCACGUUGUCGUUUAUUAAUACUAAAUUAAUAAUUUGUAAUAUUCAUAAAUAAAUAUUCAAAUAUUUUGUAUGGUUUUUAAUGUUUGUUAAAUAAACCAUACUAUUUAUUGAAUGUUUCAUAACAUAUUAUAUCGAAUAUAAGCAUUGUAAUUUUGUAUUUCUUAAAAUUAAUAAUAUCAUUUGUAAAAUUCCCGAAUACCUAAUUUAUUACAUGGUCAUGUGUAACAGCUUGGCAACCCCAGCUGAUUGAUUUAUUAAUUAUUAUAUUAAUUUAUUGUAUAGAGUCUAUACUAUAGACGAUGUAUCUUAGCCGUCUAAGGCUCACGCUAUUAUUUUAUUUUCAUUAGCCUCUUGAGCUCUUAUUCCACGAGAGAUUAUGUCGGGAGGGUUUUCAUUUUUCCGUACAUGUCGUCAUUGAGAAGGACUGGAAACCUUAAGUAUAUUUGUGACUCUAUUUAAUACAUACGUUUUUAGACGGCUAGAGUCGCUAUUCAGCCAGGUUAAUUCAAUCAUGGAGUCAGUCCAGAGUUGAAAUUCUUGUGAGUUUAGUUUCCAUGUAUUGUUUAUUUAACGUUUCAUAAUAUAUUUUAUCAAAUAUAUGCAUCGUAAUUUUGGACUUCUCAAAAUUAAUAAUAUCGUUUGUAAAAUUCCUAACUACCUAAUUUAUUACAUGGUUAUGCUUAACAAUGUGGCAACACCAGCUUAUUAAUUUAUUGUAUAGAAUCCAUACUAUAGACGAUUAGGUCGGCAGAGUUUUCAUUUGUCGAUACAUGUCGUCAUUGAGAAUUACUGGAAACCUCCAGUAUUUGUGUGACUCUAUUCAAUACAUACAUUUAUAGACGCAUAGAAUCACUAUUCCGCCAGGAUAAUUCAACCAUGUAGGAGUCUGUGCAGAAUUGAAAUUCUUGUGAGUUUAUUUUCCAUGCAUCAGAAAUUUUGACAACCAACUAUACCAAUAAAUGUGUCCUAUUUAGCUCUAAACGGAAAAUAGUUACACCCUUGAGUGGAGCUACUUGAGUAUUCCAACGCAA